CUGCUCUUCUCUUCAAAGCAGAGGAAAGUCGGGGGCUCAUGUGUCAACAUCCAGGGUUUCCCCGGGGAGGUGUAACGUUAACGUUAUUCCAAAAAAAACUGAUGUUCCUUUGAAGACCUUUUUAUUUUUUGUUAGCAUAUUCAUCGUCGGAAGCAGCGGUUCUUUUACCGACUGUAAAGACAAGAAAACGAUCUUUGGCUCCCGCUGCUUUGACGUUAGCUAACGUUAUUUUAAACGAUGACAGAGUACAAAGUGCGAAUAGCGUCUCCAAUCAUUUAAUAAUAUCUGGGGACCUGUUAGCUUAGCCAGCUAGCCCGGUGAUUCGAUAAGACCAAAGGGAAAAAGGCGAAACACACUGCUGACAUGAUGUUUCCUCAAUCAAGGCACUCGGCAUCCGGUCAGUCCAGUCAACCUCUCAAGUUCACCACUUCUGACUCCUGCGACCGCAUCAAGGAUGAGUUCCAGUUCCUCCAAGCACAGUACCACAGUUUGAAGUUGGAGUGUGAUAAACUGGCUUCUGAAAAGUCAGAGAUGCAGCGUCACUAUAUUAUGUACUAUGAAAUGUCCUACGGGCUGAAUAUUGAAAUGCACAAACAGGCUGAAAUAGUUAAGAGACUGAAUGGAAUCUGUGCUCAGGUGCUGCCUUACCUGUCACAAGAGCAUCAACAGCAAGUCAUGGGCGCCAUCGAUAGAGCCAAGCAAGUCACGCCCCCUGAGAUGAACUCCAUUAUACGGCAACAGCUCCAGGUGCAGCACCUGUCCCAGCUGCAGGGCCUGGCCUUACCUGUGGCCCCGAUGCCCCUGGGCCUCACCCCCCCCUCACUGCCCGCCGUCUCCUCCAGCUCCGGCCUGCUCUCCCUCUCCUCCAUCCUGGCCAACUACUCCCACGGCCAGGCCCAGGCGGUGAAGGAGGACAAGGCCCGGGAAGCUGCGGAGAGAGCGAGCCGAGGGGAGGACGGGGACAAAUCAGACUAGUGCCGACGAGGAGGUUUGGAGGGGGCUGUUGUGGGGUGAAGUGUCUACAAACAAAAAAAAAAUAAAAAAUUGAAAGGUAAAACUGUAACUGUAAAUGGAGAUUGAUGUAAGUCUGGCUGCUGAGUGUUGAUGUAGAAGAGUCACUGCAGGGAUGAUGACGAGCAAAGAGGACAGACUUUUGGAUGUGCAGAGAACAAAAACUGCUGAAUGGCUGAGAGUGAGAGUUAAAUGUUCUUAUUAUUUAGUGGUAAUAGAAUCAGUUCAGGCUUCUAGACUUUAAAUAGAUGCUUUUUUAAGUGUGAGCCACUGUUGCGAGGCUUAACCAAGGUAAAUGUUUUCCCAUUUGGAGUGAGAGCUGAGGAUGAAAGCUAACAGCAUUGUCCCUUACACAGAUCUGCCUCUCACUGGUUUAUAUUUCUUAACUCUUUUUGUUAUCAGAUCCCGUGUUUUUUGAUCAUGUCCUCCGCUGUCCCUUAGAUUUCUUACUGGGCCGUCUGCCAGUCACAGUAAGCAGUUUAAUGACCUCUCAGUUUCCUCUUGUCGCUGUCCCUUCACUCAUGACGUACAGCUCCAUUUCCCUUUUUCCCCCAAAAGAAAAAUGUUGAGCUGUGUGGAGAGUCAUACCAUUCAUUGAUGUACUUGGAGCCAAAUUGAAUCUUAGUCUAAUGGGAUGUUUUCAAAGGGACAUUUGCUUUCAAACCCUUCAAGCAUUAACUUAUCACCGUUUCUUGCAUUUUCAUACGACCAACCACUGGAUGCAUUACCUUAGCUCUGUACCUCAAUCCCCAAUAAAUGGGCUUUUAUUCCAUUAAAGUUUUUGUACAAAUGGUAGUAUACCCAUCUUGGGGGGUUAAUGUGUCAGGCCUAGCUGCUGCUGCUGCGCACGCUACAAGGCACGGACCAUGACUCAAAUGACAAUAAUUAAAGUUCUGAAAAAAGUUGACUUUAUUUUGACAUGUGGUUUUCGUGAAGUUAAAGACAGGCUAAUUAGACAUUACAAUGUGUCUGUGUGCUUGGGUGAAUGUGAUCGGAGAGAAGAAAACAUUUGUUUCAUUUAACUUAGUUUUUUUCUUAAAGCACCUUUUGUAUUGUCCUCACACCGCCCCCUGCUCCUGCCCCCCCCCCCCCCCCCCCCCCCCCCCCUCGUGCUGGUCCACUCUUUAACGGACCAAGACAAACUUGAACAGGAUCUAAACUUCAGAACCAGAGAGUCGUAAAAGACUUACGAGUACUGAACUUCUGUAAGUUAGAAGAGCACUUCAGUUUAUACUGAGACUGUAUCAAGCACCUGUCUUUUCCUGUCUUGUUUAACUUGUGUGUGAUUGUCAGGGGAACAUCCUCUCCCCUUUUUUUUAUUUUUGCAUUGUUUUAAUGAAGAAUGUGUCCGGGGUGAGUUUGCUAAAGCUCUGUAAGCAACUCAAACAAGCGUUCCCUCUGAAAACAGCGUAUUAAAUGAGAUUUUCACAGUCAGAAUUUGUCCUGGUAACCAACUUAUUGUUCCUGUUGCAAAAUAACUCAAGCUGGAUUUAUAUUAAGAGCAUUUUCCCAAAUCCAUACUACAUGCAUAUUCUAUGAAGUACACUGGGCUUGAGUAUACUGAAUCUUUACUUAAAUACAGCCCCUAAUAAGACGAUGUUUGGGCUACACAUAAUGGUGCCAUGCAAAUGAUAUACCAACAUUUGAUUAAGUUACCAUUGCAACCACCCCACAUUAUAAAGAUUAGGCCACACUAAAAUAUAUAUAUAUAUAUAUACAUAUAUAUAUGGAUGGUCCAACAAUUGCUUCUCUAUCAAUGCCAUUGAUUAUUUGAAGAAGUAUCACCAUGGUGCUAUCAAAGGUUUUGUUGCUUUGGAGUUUCUAUUACGAAGUGAAACAACCCGUAAGUAUCUUAACUAGCAGCCAUAAAAAGAGCUGCUCUAAUUAUUUUAUUGCUCAGAAAAGUUAUUUCCUUUCCUUUCUAAACUUUUUGAAAAGAAAGAAGAAAAUGCAGCCCCACAAUUCCUGGCAUCAACUUUUAAAGCAUUGCACGUUGAUAACAUCUACCAUUCCUAAUAAUCCUACCAGUCCUUAAUAAGUCUUUAUAAGAACUCUUUCAAAUACGGUCUUAAGAUAUAUUUACUGAUUUCUGUAUAGUGCUGUUGAUGGACUCUUAUCCCCCAUAAUGCAAUGCCAGAAGAAAUGCGGAACGUUUGCCCACAGCUGGAUACAUGUAAGCUAUUGGCAAUAAGAAAGAUCCAAUAACAUCUCAGAAUUCUUUUUGGAAAAUACAUUUUCAUGUUCAUUUCCAAAUGCAGUGGUUGACCUACAAUGGAGCACAUUUUGUUUGUUUUUCGUAAGUAUAAAACUAUGAAAUAUAUUGAUUUUCUUUGUGUACUAACUGCAAAACAGUCUGGUAUUCACUGUCGGUAGUAUGGAAUUGGGACAGCUGAGGUUUUGAGGAAUAGUAAUGUUCAUAUUUAGGGCAGCAGAGGGCAGCAGUGCUCUCUCAUUGAUCAUCAGUAUAAUGGGGUAACAUUCACAGGACAGAUGUUUUAAAGAGGUCCAGGUUCACUUUGAUCGAGCUGUUAUUGUCCUGUAAUGCUUCCAGAGCUUUGACACUUCACCCCGUAACGUCUGAGCACGUCUGAGGUCGGCUAGAACUUUUCUCCUGUAUUUUAUUUUGAAAGCCACUCAAGUUGUGGCUCAGUGUUCUUUAUUUUUCUCCUUCCUGUCUGUGUUAGUGUUUGGGAGCUGAUGAUUUUCCCUCCCUGGAGAUUCGACCUUAAUAUAUGGAGUGCGAGAACACAUCAGUUGCACUCCCUAUGUUGACGUCAGUCUCUGUAGAAAACCUCCUUUGGCAAAACUCAGACAUAUGAAUGGUAUGUGUGUUUGUUUUUGCUGUGAAGGGCCAAUUUGUAUACAUAUGAAUAUAUCAAUAUACAUAUUUUUUAAAGCAUUUUUGUAUGUUUCAAAGCUGCUUUUUAACGUGUGUGUAUCAUGGAAGACUUUGGUGUUGUAUGUGUGCAUUACAAGCCUACAGUUAAAGAGAGGCACAAUGUUGUAUACCAUGUCGUUCUUCCUGUUUUUCCUCCCCCAUUCUCUCAGUAGGCAGUAACACUUAACAUUGUUUUCUAGGUUUGUAAAUGUAUCUCUUUUUCUUUUGUGCAAACGAAAAAACAGUUUAAUGUGUUUAUGAACACGGUCUCAUUUUAAGAUACCUGGGGCAAAAAAAAAAAAAUACAAAGAUGUAAACAAGCAACUGUGUACUCUAAUGAGAAUGAAUCAACCUUUUAGCAGUAAGGAAGCUUCUCUGGUGCCUUACAAAUAAAAGAUGUGAUUGAGAGUGG